AUGUUGUCCAAAGCCCUCAUUCUAUUCCUUGUGCCCUUUGUCGCCGCACACGGCAAGGUGGCCGUGAUGCAGGGAGAUGCACCUGGAGACCCGGGAAACACAACGGGUCUGGCUAUCCAGGGAGCCGUUGUUCCUGGACCUGGCAGGAACAAAGUGACUGAAGUCGACACCACGGUGUUCGGCAGGACCAACAUCCAGUCAAACGGCCUUGGUCGGACCACGGGCGGCGGCAAAAACACGGUCGACAUGGUAGCUCAAGCACAGAUCACAGGCGUCUUCCAUGUCGUGACCUCAGACGGCUGCGGCUCCGUCAAGGCCGUGAUCGACCCGACGGCAACAGGGGCAUUCGCAGACGGCACCAUAGCCGAGACGACGGCUGACGUGCCCGGCAACAACGGCAACUGCCCGCGCAGCAUCAGUAAGAAGUCGUAUAUCAGGUCGGUGCUCGAGAAUACGGGCGUCAUCACCAAGCGCGCCACCAACGUCAACCAGGACUUCAAUAUCGCCUUUACUGUUCCCUCGGAUACGACCUGCACGGGCAAGGUCAACGGCCUGGCGGGCGUGUGUCUUAUGAAGAUUGCUAAUAACAAUCAGGCUGGCCCGUUUGGCGGUGUGAUCGCCUUCCAGAUGGCUAAUACGUCGUCGACCACGCCGGCCACGACGCCUGCUACGCCGCCUGCUCCUGCGACCGGUGCCGGCGCCGGCGCCGGCACUGGCACUGGCACUGGCACUGGAGGCACCGCCGGGGCAGGUAACGGCGGUAAGGGCACAGGUCAGAGUGCGGGUGAUGAUGACGAGAAUGGUGGUACUGCCAGGAGGCACGCUCGCAGUUUCAACGCCUGA